UGGUAGAUGUGAAUUGAAAGCAUUUACCCGCUUGAUUUUUCAAUUGUCAUUUGACUAAGCUCUUUGUUUUUUCUUAUGACUGUAGAAUUGGAGCACAUAGAUUUAAGAUUUCUGACAUCUUAUUUAAUCCCUCUCUAGUUCAGACUGGACUGACUAUACGGUCGGGGCACUCUCACCAGAAGAAUCAAAUCCGAUCUCCGUCCGCCGGUCACCGCCAUGUACGAUCCUCAGCACUUGUUGGAUCCGCACGACGCUGGGAGCGGCAGAUUCGGUGGAGACGGAACGGAUCCCCAGUCGUGGCUUUCCGGCGGCGUCCCCUCCCCGCCGCCGACGUCACCUCCCCGCCGUGCCGACUCCUCCUUCUCCGCUGCUUCCGUUGCAGCCGCUGCCAAUGUUGACCCGAGCAUCUUCAACGAACUUGUUGAGAUGGUGCCUCUCGUCAUGUCACUCAUCGAUCAGAAACCUAACACUUCGUUUACACGCAAGGGAUCAGUGAUCUACACCAAGACACCUUCUAGGGAUUCUUUGUAUAAAAAGGCAUCUGAACCAAAAGGAAGAAAUACAGCUCAACAAAUUUCCAGAAGAAAGGAAAACCGAAGUGUUGGGUCUAAUCUUGAUGGAUGCGGGGACUUGUCUUCGAGGUCUUCCCUAUCUGAGAACGAAAGAGAGGAACUCCUUGCAUUAAGGAAGCAGGUAGAGGACUUACAGAGACAAGUGUUGGAGAAAGAUGAACUUCUGAAAGAAUUUGAGGAUUCAAAGAUUGAGAUGGCUUCCCUCCACUCCAAACUAGAUGAGAUUCAAAAGGAACUUGCCAAAAAAGACUCCUUACUUGAAUCCACUCAAAUCCAGCUAUCCGAUGUGAAGGUAAAGCUAGCUGACAAGCAAGCUGCCGUGGAGAAAUUAGAAUGGGAAGCAACAACCUCAAUCAAGAAGGCGGAAAAGCUUGAGAAAGAUCUAGAAGAAGUAAUGAAGUGUGUAGGAGAGUUGACAAAGAGCAACACAACAUAUGCCGAAGAUGAUUAUGAUGUUGGCUAUCUUUGGUGUGACCAGCCGAAACAAAUGGAAGAUUUGAAAGAGAUGGAGAUGCGAAAAUUGGAGGCAGCGCAGGAAGCUUAUGUUGCUGCAUUGGCUGCGAAUAGAGAAAGGGCAGACGAUUUAUCAAUUGCAGAAGCAUUGGCUGCAAGAAAACCGAUGCAAUCGCUACUGCUUUUGUUGUGAUGCAUUUCUACCAGAGGAGGAAACAGUUCACUCUAAUUCCACAUAUGUAAGUGUGUGUUAAACCAGUUGUUAGAAAGCUAAGGACUACUGAUAUUUUAGCUGCUUAUAUUCUGUGCAGUCUUUCUGCAAACGUUAUGCUUCAUUUGGGACGGCGAAAAUGUACUCAUCACUGGAUGAUAAUAGCAAUGGAUGAUCUCUGUUUGUAACUUUGUAUAUUAAGAGUUAUUAACACUCUUUUUUUCCCCUGUUAAUUCAUGUCCUAAAGGGGUAGUUUUGAUUUAUGGUUUUGGAGGAUAAUCUUUGAAGUUUGGAAGGCUUAGUUUAAUUAUAUGUCUUGAUGUGCUAACAAUGAAUAAAUAUGUCAAUU